AUGACAAUUGCUCUAAUACUUGCUAGGCCGGGCAAGGGUAUCCCUGAUAAUCAAGAACUUGCUGAGGAGCCUAUUACUCAGCAUUCUAGGAACAGAAGGAUUAAAGGUGGCACUCUCAUUCAUUCUAGAAACAGAAGGAUUAAAGGUGGCACUCUCAUUGUUUGUCCUAUGGCAUUACUUGGUCAAUGGAAGGUGUGGCACUUCAUUGUUCGUCCUAUGGCAUUACUUGGUCAAUGGAAGGAUGAACUUGAAGCCCAUUCAAAGCCAGAUAGCAUUUCUGUUUUUGUUCAUUAUGGUGGGGAAAGAAGUAAUGACCCUAGAGUGAUAGUAGAAACAGAUGUGGUCUUGACAACCUAUUGUCUUCUAACUGCUGCAUAUAAGGCUGAUGCGGAGAGUAGCAUAUUCCAUGAAGUUGAUUGGCAUCGAAUUGUACUGGAUGAAGCACUCACCAUAAAAUCCUGGAGAACUGUGAGUGCUAGGGCUGCAUUCACAUUGUCUGCACAUUGCAGGUGGUGUCUCACUGGUAUUCCACUUCAGAAUAAUUUGCAAGAUCUUUACAGCCUUCUGUGUUUCUUGCAUGUUGAGCCAUGGUGCAAUUGGGCAUGGUGGAAUAAGUUAAUACAGAGACCUUAUGAGAAUGGUGAUCAGAGAGCAUUGAAACUGAUCAAGGCAAUUCUUAGGCCAUUAAUGCUUAGGAGAACAAAGGAAACAAAGGACAAGGAAGGGAGGUCUCACAAAAGUAUGUUAGGAACAAACCGUGAUUUGGGCUAUACUGAUAUGGAGGUUCAAAGUCUUGCCAAGAAAGCAGCAGAAACUGUUGUCACUGUAAUUGAUGAGAAAGAUAUCGAGAUUUUGCUGUCGGAGGUUCUUAAUGGAGUUGGAGAUAUUCAGAUUGCUUGGGAAGCAUUGUCUAGUGUUAUAAGUUCAGUUCCUAAAGGAGUUCUUCCUUCGUAA